AUGUAUCCAUGUCUGGCAUCACGCUGUUUCAUAUACAGUCACGGCAUAGAGGUCGAUACUGCUAGCAUUUACUUCAUUUAUACGAACUACACGACACAGAAUCCGGACUCGAUGCCCGUACCCUCAGCGAAGCCGAACAUGGAAAACAGGCCGGAGCCCCGCAAGUGUGCUAGAUGGGAACCUCGCGAGCAGAAGAUCUUCUUGUCGGCCGCCGAACACGUCACUGCAGAGGGACACCGCCGUGGAAAGUGCUUCUCUUCCACAUGGUGGGAGCGAUUACGCGACAUGUUCAACCAAAACUCAGGGAAGAACUGGACGACGGCACAGCUGAAAAACCAUUGGGGUGCUAUGCGCACGGACCACAAACUCCUUUUUGAGCUCCUCCAGUCGACGGGAAUCGCAUGUGGUCUAAGCACCGGGGGUAGAAUUGACGCUCCGGAAUGGUGGUGGACGCAGAAAAUUAAGGAGAACCCCAGGUACGGAAAGUUCAAGGACAACGACAACACCGAGAUCUACCAUAAGUAUAGCCGUUUGUUUGGAGGAAGUUGUGACUCCAUGAAAUACGCAUUGACACCCACGAAGCUGUCGCAACGUGGUUUCGCCUUGGGCGGCAACUCCGACUCUGAUGAUCAGCACGACACGUUACCUAUCAACGCUGAGACGACGGAUUCGAGCGAUGGCCCGACUCCAGGAAGAGCAAGCUCUUCAAUGAAUAUCUCCCGAGGCCGAAGUGGCGAGAAACGUAAGGGAAAACAUGCGAAGGGGAAGCGGAAGAAGUUCGGGGCGAGGGAGGUUUCUGAGUCUGUGGACAACCUCGCUUGCGCUUCGAGGGAGAUGGCCUCGGCGAUCCGCGCAAAGGAAGAGGGGCGUAUGACGCUCCACGAAUGCAUAGAUGAUUUGCUUUCUACUGGGCUUGUCGAAGCCAGGAAGAUUCGAGCGAUGGCCCGACUCCAGGAAGAGCAAGCUCUUCAAUGA